CCAAAGUGCUACUAUCCAAACAUAAAUAUGGAUACCGCAACCUUCCCGGUUUUUAAAUUUCGCGGACAUGCGCAUGAUCUAUUCAUCGUCAACACUCCUUUUCACCAGUGUGCUGCUUGCGAUCGACGGACUGCUGUUGGCUACGGUGUUGGCUAUAUAUGCAAUGAAUGCGACUUUUCUAUUCACCACAUUUGUGCAUUUUUGUUCAACAUACCGGAGAUAUUCGACCAUCCUUCUCAUGAUGGACAUUGUCUUAAACUUCUCACAACCGGAGCUCCUCAUCACACCGACCCAAAUUGUCAUCUCUGCGGUAAAUACACCAAGAGCAUUCUUUAUCAUUGCUCUGACUGUAAACUCAAUCUGGACAUUGAUUGCAUAAGUCACCACAUAUUUGCAGCUUCCAAAGACCAUCUGCUUGUGUCAUGGCACCACCAUCCUAUACAAAUAUGUUAUACAGAUAUUUGCGAAUUUUGUAAUGGGGUUAACGAACUUGGCUGUCACUGCCUUCAGUGCGGGUUUAGGAUUCAUCUCACAUGUGUCCCCGUAUUUGACUCACCGGAGAUCACUCACCCUUCUCAUGUCAGACUCCCUCUUAAGCUUCUCACCGAUGGAGCUCCAAAUUACACAGACCCAAGAUGUCAUAUAUGUGGAGAAGACACUCAGCACUUACUUUAUCAUUGUGAUAUUUGUAAAUUCAACUUGGAUCUGCGGUGUGCGGCAAAAAGCCCUCCACCAAUUGCUCUUUCAAAUCUAAAGGUCCAUGAGCAUACACUCACACUCAUGCCAAGAUUGAUCUCCUUCGUUUGUGAUGCUUGUGGGACGGAAGGUGACCGUUCUCCUUACAUCUGUGUUCAAUGUGAUUUCAUGAUUUUCCAUCAAAAGUGUGCUCAAUUACCACGUGUCAUUCAUGUCAAUCACCAUGACCAUCGCAUUUCGUACAAGUAUCCUCUUGGUCCUGGAGAAUGGAGAUGUGGAGUUUGUUGGGAAGAGAUUGAUUGGUCAUAUGGGGCUUAUCCAUGCUCUCUUUGUCCUAAUUAUGCUAUUCAUUCACUGUGUGCAACAAGGAAAGAUGUAUGGGAUGGAAAAGAGCUUGAUGAAGUACCUGAAGAAGUUGAAGAUAUUGAGCCAUUUAAGAGGAAUGAUGACAACACGAUCACUCAUUUCGCUCAUGAACAUAACCUCAUGAGCCUCGGAAAAGACGGUGAAGAAGGCAGUUAUUGUGGAGCAUGUGCUCGUCCCAUCAGUUCUUACACAUUCUACAAGUGUUCAAGAUCAGAUUGCAGUUUCAUUCUCCAUGAAACGUGUGCUAAUUUACGCAAGAAGAAACGACAUUUUCUGAGCCCAGAACAGCUAGUUAUAUCUCAAUGGAAAAACUAUGGUAACUUCCCUAAAUGGUGUGACGCUUGUCUUCUAGUUUGCUCUGAAGGAUUUGUGUAUGGUGUGAUGUUUGAUUUAGUAUGCAGUUCCAUUGAUGUACCUUUUAUCCAUGAAAGUCAUCCUCAUCAUUUACUCUACCUUAAACUACAAGACGGCCACUUUAAGACUUGCCAGAGCUGUGGCAUCGAUCAUACUAAAGUCGUCAUAGGUUGCCUCAAGUGCAAUUAUUUUUUGGAUUUUCAUUGUGCCACACUACCGUUAACAGUCAGUCUUCCCAGAUACGAUGAUCAUCCGCUCACUCUCUGUUAUGGUGAAAAGGCGAGCGGCAAAUAUUGGUGUGAUAUUUGUGAAAGAGAAACGAAUCCAGAGACUUGGUUCUACACUGGUUUAGAAAGCGGGGUCACUUUGCAUAUUUUAUGUGUACUUGGGGAUAUCAGGUACGCCAAACCAGGAGGAAAUAUCUGUGAGGGGUUUGAAUUGCAACUUAACAGUAGUUCUACACGACCAAUUUGUCUCAACUGUAAAUGUCGUUGCCCAGGUACCUUUUUUAUUAAUUUUGUUGGCUACGGCGAGGAUCAUGAUGGCUACAACGUGUUCUUCUGUUCUUUUUAUUGUUUAAAACAUGUCAUAUUUCGUUAUAGCAACGACUAUCAUAUCAUGUGCCCUCCAUGGGUUAAGAAGUUAGAACUCAAGACAUGAUGAGGUGGUAAUUAACUUUUGAGUGUGGAACUCAUAUGUUGCCCUUGUCAAUGGUUAGUCUACAGCCAAAUCAAGUGGCCUAUUUUGGUGGCGAAUUUCACUUUUGUUUUAGGGUCUUGAGAUCCAUUUUUCUAUCAUGUUGUAUUAGUCUUAAGUUUGUUUUUAUCAAUAUCCGGAUAAUUUGUUUAGCUACUAAAAUAA